AUGUUGGAGGCCGGCAUUAUAGAACCCUCGAAUAGCGAGUGGUCCACGCCAAUAGUAAUGAUAAAGAAGCCGAACGGCACGUAUCGGUUUUGCCUGGACUUCCGGAAGUUAAAUGACGUAUCGAAAAAGGACGCGUACCCACUGCCGUACAUGAACUCGAUAUUAGACAAGCUGCGAGCGGCGCGAUACAUAUCGACGAUAGACUUGAGCCAGGCCUACUUCCAGAUCCCUCUGGAAAAGAAUAGGCUAACGGUAGACCCGGAGAAGACGGUCGCUAUUCUAGAGUACCCGCCGCCGCGCAACAUUCGUCAAUUGCGUCGUUUUAUCGGUAUGGCGUCGUGGUAUCGACGUUUUAUACCACAGUGUGCGGCCCGAUUGGAGCCAUUGACGAGCCUUUUAAGGAAGAACCGCUCUUGGGAGUGGGGGGACACUCAAAAGCAAGCUUUUGAGGUGAUAAAAUCGUGUCUCGUGAAUUCUCCCACAUUAUCGUGUCCGGACUUUGAGAAGCCGUUUGUAGUGCAGACAGACGCUAGUUCGGUGGGCUUAGGCGCGGCCCUAUCUAGAGGGCUAUCGUUUCACGGUGGUAACAGACCACAACAGCCUACGGUGGCUGCACAAUUUAAGAAACCCUACGGGCCGACUAGCGAGAUGGGCGGGGCCAUGCAUCACGUGCCGGACGCCCUCUCGCGAAUGUACGAAGGGGGCGAGGAACUCUGCGCCGCGAUCGCGACGGACGACCAGUGGUACGUCGGGCGAGCGGAAGAAAUAACGAGAAAUCCGCGGCGGUACCCUGACUGGAAAUUGGAGGGCGACGAGCUAUAUGUGAGAAAGACGCGCGGCAUCGCGAGGGUUGUCGGCGACAGGGACCAGUGGAAAAGAGUAGUACCAAGGGAGACGCGACGGGAAGUGAUCCGCGAGAACCACGAUCCUCCUCACGCCGGACAUUUGGGGGUCGAUAAGACGUACCAGCGAAUUGCGUUGCGGUAUCACUGGCCGCGCAUGUAUCGGGACGUGGCGGAGUACGUGCGUCGGUGUGACACGUGUCAGAGAACAAAGGUGGAGCAGGACGCUCCAGCCGGUUUGAUGGGACAAAGAGUGAUAGAGUCACCGUGGACGGUAGUCGCGGCAGACAUUAUGGGUCCUCUCCCAACCAGUAAAGCGGGACAUUCGUAUUUACUCGUCCUUCAGGAUCUCUUCACAAAGUGGGUGGAGUGCUGCCCACUUCGAAAAGCUACCGGGAAGAGAAUCCGCGAAGCGAUAGAAGAGUUGGUCAUUUAUCGGUGGGGUACGCCGCGCGUGCUUCUAACCGAUAACGGGACGGAGUUCGUUAACAGAGACAUACAGGCUUUGACGCAGAGGUGCGGUAUUCACCACGCGACGGUUCCGCCCUACCACCCGCAGGCCAACCCGGUCGAGCGCGUGAACCGCGUAUUAAAGACGAUGAUCACCGCGUUCGUGGAUAGGGAUCACCGUGAGUGGGACGUGCACGUGCAUGAAUUUCGAUUCGCGUAUAAUUCGGCACACCAUACGUCUUUACAGGCGACACCGGCCUUUCUGAAUUUGGGACGGGAGCCACCGCCGGUGGGACUGUAUCGGGACGAAGCGGCCGUCGAGGUCGAGCGAACCGAACCGGCUGAGUGGCGAGAACGUAUGGAGCGCCUCGAGGCACUGCAGGAGUGGGUGGUCGAGAACCUCGAGGCGGCCCAAGAGAAACAGGCGAAAUAUUAUAAUCGCCGACAUCGCGACCGCCAAUUUGAGGUGGGCGAACAAGUGCUGAAGCGGCACCACGUAUUAUCGUCGGGAGCGCGGCACUUUUCGGCAAAGUUGGCGCGAAAGUUUCACGGCCCUUUCAUAAUAAGAAGGAUUCUGUCGCCGGUGGUCUACGAGCUCGCCGAUUUGACGGGGGAAGUGUUGGGAAGGUCCAUAUCAAGGACCUGA